CAUGAUUCAAGUGGCCACACUACUUAAAUAAAAAGCCAUCACCACUUUCCCAACUCACCUCCACCGCUCCCUCUCUCCACCGGCGGCUGUUUCCGGCCAACGUCCGCCGGUCUCCUCCCUAAACCACCACCACCACCACCGCAGCAUGGGUCAAAACUUUAGCUGCAGCAUCCAAGACGAACACGGCUGGUUCUCAGCAGUUCAAUUUGGCGAUUUGAACUCUGUGAACACCCUUUUGGAGCAAGAUCCGAAUCUUAUAAAACGAACUACUGUUUAUGAUCAUCAGUCUGCUCUUCAUAUAGCUGCUGCCAAUGGUCAGAUAGAGAUUGUUACUAUGCUUUUGGAGAAUAGAUCGGUUAAUCCUGAUUCUUUGAAUCGGCAUAAACAGACUCCAUUGAUGUUGGCUGCAAUACACGGGAAGAUCUCUUGUGUUGAAAAGCUCAUUGAAGCUGGAGCUAAUAUUCUGACGUUUGAUUCGUUAAACGGAAGAACAUGCUUGCACUAUGCUGCUUAUUAUGGCCACUCUGACUGUCUGCAGACCAUUCUUUCCAGUGCCCGGACCUCCCACGUUUCGGCUUCAUGGGGGUUUUCUCGAUUUGUGAAUAUAAGAGACGGUAAGGGCGCGACACCGUUGCACUUGGCCGCCCGUCAACGACGCCCCGAGUGUGUUCAUAUACUUCUUGACAACGGGGCCCUUGUUUGUGCUUCAACCGGUGGAUAUGGUUUUCCUGGCAGCACUCCACUUCAUUUGGCGGCAAGAGGAGGCUCAAUGGAUUGCAUCCGAGAACUAUUAGCAUGGGGUGCUGAUCGGCUUAAUCAAGAUGCAUCAGGGCGAAUUCCAUACACGAUUGCUUUAAAACAUAAAAACCGAGCAUGUGCAGCCUUGUUAGACCCUUUGUCCGCAGAACCGCUAGUGUGGCCAUCACCAUUAAAGUUCAUUAGUGAGCUUAAUCAGGAUGCUAAAGCUUUGUUAGAGCAGGCUCUAAUGGAGGUUAACAAGGAAAGGGAGAGACACAUUUUAGAGGCUUCGGGCUGCUCCGUGUCAUCUCCAGCCCGUUCUUACACCACCGACAUAGAUGAUAACGUCUCAGAGGCCAGCGAUUCGCAAUUAUGUUGCAUAUGUUUUGACCAAGUAUGCGCGAUUGAAGUUCAAGAUUGCGGUCACCAAAUGUGUGCUCAAUGCACACUCGCUUUGUGCUGCCACAACAAGCCCGACCCGGUAACUGCAACCCUACCUGAACCCAUCUGCCCCUUUUGUAGAAGCAACAUUGCACGAUUAACAGUCGUCAAGGUCAAAGUCACUGCUGACCAAGAACUCAACCUUUAUUCCUCUUCUAAACUGCAAAAAUCAAGAAAAUCACGAAAUUUGAGUGAGGGAAGCAGUAGCUUCAGGGGAUUAUCGGCUGUCCCGUCUUUUGGGAGAAUGUUGGGCCGUGGUUCGGGUCGGGUCUCUUUCGACCGUGAUUGUGAUAAAACUGUGAAAGUUGAAGGAUCUGGUUGAAGAGCAUUCCAAGCCCGAUGGGCAUCAUGUGUAUAGAAACCUGUCUUCAAAUCUGUUCAUGAGUUUGAUUUGUGGGACAAUAAGUAAAGGAAAUGAUUAGUAUUGUUUGUUGUGUUUAGAAACCUGUCUUCAAAUCUGUUCCAUGCGAGUCUUUGCUUAGUUACCUGUUUGAAAAGUUAUAUCUU